CGGUACACACGUUGUAGUCAGGAAGUGGAUUGUUGACAGGUCAGCUCGGCUGGAGGUGGCUGUUGUUGUUAAUUCCAAUAUCUGCGCAUUAUUAAAUAAUAACCGUCCUCAAACAUGGCGGCCAGGAACCCAGGCAUGAAGCUCGACCUGGAGUGGAUAUCCAAAGUGAGAGUGAACACGCAGGCUGUCCUGAAGAGAGCUCAGCAAAUCCAAGGUCAAAAGACCCCCAAGAAACAGUGGCAGGCUGCCUGGCUGCUGAAGGCUGUCACAUGCAUCGACCUGACAACUCUGGCUGGAGAUGACACACCAUCCAACGUCCAUCGGCUGUGUCUGAAAGCCAUCCAGCCAGUCAGAUACGACCUGCUCAGGAAGAUGGAUAUGCACGACAAAGGAAUAACUACAGCGGCAGUGUGUGUGUAUCCGUCCCGUGUGGCUGAUGCUGUGAAGUCGUUAAAAGCGGCCAACUCCAGCCUCCCUGUGGCCUCAGUGGCCACUGGUUUCCCAGCUGGCCAGACACCACUGGAAACUCGCCUGCAGGAAGUCCGCAUGGCAGUGGCCGACGGUGCCACAGAGAUCGACAUCGUCAUCAACAGGACGCUCGCCCUGACAGGACAGUGGGAAGCCAUGUACGAUGAGAUCCGUCAGUUUCGGGAGGCCUGUGGUGAUGCCCACAUGAAAACCAUCCUGGCUAUUGGAGAGCUAGGCACCUUCACCAACGUCUACAAGGCCAGCAUGGUCGCCAUGAUGGCUGGUUCGGACUUCAUCAAGACGUCCACAGGAAAGGAAGCUGUCAACGCUACUUACCCAGUUGCCAUAGUGAUGGUGAGAGCCAUCCGUGACUACCUCUUGUGUACAGGCCACAAGGUGGGCUUUAAGCCGGCAGGGGGGAUCCGAACAGCUCAGGAGUCUCUGGUGUGGCUCACCCUGAUCAAAGAGGAGCUGGGAAAUGAUUGGCUCUGUCCUCACCUGUUCCGCCUGGGAGCCAGUAGCCUAUUGGCUGAUAUUGAGAGACAGAUCUAUCAUCACGUGACUGGACAGUAUGCAGCCUAUCAUGAGCUGCCUAUGGCCUGAAGCUGUGGACUUCCUCUUUUAAUGACCAAUCAAAACCUCAUAUUCACCACACAAGCCUGUCAGUGAUUGUCCAGGCAGCACACUGACUCUUUCAUUCUGAUAAAACAAUUUAAACAAAAGUCUUAAAUUUGUAACUCUGGCACUUGCUGAAAAUAAAAGAUAAUAUAAGU